AUGCAGUUAGCAGCACAACAAAACAUCGAUGAAAGCUUAUCACCAAAUUCAACGUCAGUUUAUUGCGGCAAUAAAACUACAUUCGGAGAAAAUUCAACGCCGUCAUCAUCAUCGCCACCACUAGCACCACCACCGCUACUAAAAUCCGAUCAGCAGCAGCAGGGUAUAUUUGCAGCAGCACCCGGGUAUUUAUCAGCUGAACAAACACUCAAAUUAAAUAACCCCAACAAUCAAGCGGAGCGUGGCGACCCCAAACGAGAUACAAGUGUUGGUGGUACUGGACGAGAACGACAGCAAAUUUUUACGAAUUUGAAUGGCUCCGAAACAUUCGAACGACAAUUGCCCUAUAUUCCGUUAAACCCCCAAGAAUACUACAACAGCAACGACUUCCCCAUACAACAAACAGAGUUCCUAAAUACCAAUAAAAAGAGCAACAACAAGAAGAACAGUAAUUUCAACGAAAAGAGUGAUUUUAUUGAAUGCCAAACAGCAGAGGAGGAGUAUCAGCAGGAACAGGAAGAAGUGCCAAACAACUAUUGGCAGCAAGAGUAUAGCAACGCCAAUGGUAAACGUGUCAUAGUUCGACGACGUAUUGUAAAAGCCACAACAAAAUCAUCACGCCGUAGUUUGUCACAAGACAAGGCACCGCGACUAAAUACUGAAGCAUCAUCAUCGGUAUCCUCUGCUUCCGCCAAAGAAAAACGCUCUUGGUGGUCCUUCUAUAGGAAUUUUAAAUCAUCGGAAGCAUCAUCAACGCCUCCACCACCACCAGCAUCAUCAUCUUGCAAUAAAAAUGCAGAGUUAGCCAGCAUUCAAUCGACUACUACCAAAACGAAAACUUUUAACAUUCCUAAACCAAAUAGAGAUCUUCAACAGCAACAUCAUAAUCAUCGCCAGCAAAACGAAAAUUUCAUCAUGGGCAUGUUAAGGACUAUGAAACUGAAAGAGCGCCUAGCGAUAAGUCUGGGCGCCACACUCAUUCUGUUAACCCUCCUGCUGGUGGUCGAUGUCCAAAUGGAUUUCGGGGUAACGAAUCGACAUUUGUUGCCCGCCCAACAGACCAUACAUCAGCGGGUACGCUAUGCUGAUGAUGGUAGUUUUAUGAGAGAUAUUAAACGAAAGUUCCUGCAAAAAAGUAAUUAUUCUGGUUCUAAAGAGACCUCAACGCCUCAAACAACCCAAGCCCGACCCGGCAGUGCUGCCGGUGGCAGUGCGGGUAGCCAAAGUGCUGGCAUGGUUGCCACCGGCUUCCAAGAGCCAAAUGCUGCAGCAGCUGCUGCGGCCGAAGUACGACAGUCAAUGUUGACAACAAAGAAACCAAUACCGCAUGAUCGUUUUGAAGAUUUAGUUAAAAUUGUUAACGAUUAUACGGGGACGCUGCAAUAUGGCCAUGUCAUUGUCGACAAUGAUGGUAAUGAUGAUGGCAAAAAUCCAACACUGGGUGAAUUAAUGAAAAUGAAACCGAGGAAUACAGCAGCAGCUACAACAACGACAACAACUACAGCUACAACAAAUAAAGAAUAA